GCUGUGACGCUUUUGGUGGGCGUGACCAAUGGUGGCAGGAGAAUGAGGCGGUGACGCAGAGGGUCAGAUCCCUUCAGCCCACGGCGGUGGUUGGACGUGCGGAGUUUAGCGCUCGCUUGUGAUUUCUCCCCGUCCCACCGCGAGGGGGCGCGAUGCGCAGCACAGGGACUGCACUGAGGAGAGCGCGUAGCGCCGGAGACUCCACCUGAGAAGAAGUCGGGGACCCCCUGAGCAUCUCCAACAUGUCAGCACCCGUGAUCCCCGGCCUCAUCCAUCGCUCCAACCCCGGGGGAGACUCACAGAGCGCGGAGAAGGGGGAGAGGCUCUUGAAUGGCUGCGUCCCGCUCUCGCACCAGGUGGCCGGACAUAUGUACGGGAAGGAUAAAGUCGGUAUAUUGCAGCAUCCAGAUGGGACUGUCCUGAAACAGCUACAGCCGCCUCCACGUGGACCAAGGGAGCUGAGCUUCUACUCCAUGGUUUUUUCAGCCGAUUGCACUAAUAAUCAUCUCCUCAACCUCCAGAUGCUUCUGCCAAAAUAUUUUGGCACCUGGUCGCCUCCAGGAUCUACAAAUGAUCUCUAUUUAAAACUGGAAGAUAUAACACGGAAGUUUACCAAGCCAUGCAUCAUGGAUAUUAAAAUCGGUCAAAAAAGCUACGACCCAUUUGCUUCAGCUGAGAAAAUCCAGCAGCAGGUCAGCAAGUACCCUCUGAUGGAAGAGAUCGGUUUCCUGGUACUUGGCAUGAGGGUCUAUAAUGUCCUUUCUGACCGCUACGAAACACAAAACCAACACUAUGGGAGGAGCUUGACAAAGGAGACUGUAAAAGAAGGGGUCUCAAAGUUUUUUCAUAAUGGAUCUCGCCUGAGAAAAGAUGCUGUGGCUGAAUGCAUACGAAAAGUUCAGAACGUUUUGCAGUGGUUCGAAUUUCAAGAAAAUUAUCAUUUUUAUGCAAGCUCCUUGCUCUUCGUCUAUGAAGGCUCCUCUCUGCACACUGCAAGACGAUUGAUCGAUGGCACUGUGGUCGAGAAAAGAGCUGUCCCGAAAGGACAGUUUACAGAUUGUGAAUGUAACAACAACAUUUCUAUGUUUCGCUCAGUUAGGAAUGGAGAGAGUGAAGAAUCUUUAGAUAAAAACGAAAUCUGUGCCCUUCAAAGAAAGACGUGUUCCAAGAGGCACCACAGCCAAGUGUCUCAGGAGGAGGGAGAAAGCACAGACCGACGGAGCACGAAAAGUCACAAUGACAUUUCCCACGAACACCUAAAUGGAAACCUUGUAUCCAAACUGGAAAACGUGCAUUGCCAUAUUCCGACUGAUCCGAAAGAAGGCCCUCGGGUGGAUGUGCGGAUGAUCGACUUCGCUCACGUAUUCCCCAGUAACGGAAACGAUGAGGGGUACAUUUAUGGGCUCAAAAGCUUGAUUUCAGUGUUGCAAAGUAUUUUGCACAACUGAAUACACAUCUAUACGUUUUUUUGUUUUUUAGUAGGGGGCCAAUGACUUCAUGGAAAAUAAGCCGAAUAUUUGCACUUGUAAUUGUGGUAAACUGGGUUUUUAAUGGUAAUUCAGAAAUAUAUUCAAACCCCCAUUUUUUUUUCAUCUUUGGUGGAAGGGUUUUAACUUUUAUAAUAUUACUCAGGAAAAAUGAACUGGUUUGUAACCUUCAAGAAAAGCAGUAUGACCUGGAAUUUGGAGAGGAUAGUGGUUUUGAGAGCUUUGCCUCUCUGAAACGUAAGAUAAAUCACUGUUUGGGGCCACUCUUCUAACCGAAGAAAUAUCGGUAAUCAGAAGUACCACGUUUAGUUUACCACUUGGAAUUAGCUGUUUUUUGUCUUUCCCAAGGGGAAAUAAGCUGUGCCUUCAUUCAUUUUAUUUAUAUUUAUAAAGGAAAAGAAAGCAAUGAGCCUCAUUUCACCGCACCAUAUAUAUAUAUAUAUAUAUAACGAUUAAAAAGAUAAGCACUCCAAUAUUUCUUAUAAGUGAUAAUUUAGUCAACUGCACAUUGGAAUAGAUUAUCGCUAAUAAGAAAUGUUGGAGUGCUUAUCUUCUUAAUUGUUAUUUAUCAAUUUUUGAAAGCCAGAGUGCGGAUACAUACCUGGACUUAUAUAUACACACAAUUGCUGGAAUACCCUAGAGUAACAAUCUCUACUUUGCUGACAAUAGUAUUCUUCUAUUGACCAUAUUUAUACUGAGCCAUUAGGAACCACUGUACUUUAUUUGGGUUUCCUCCGACUGUUUACAAGACUUCUAAUGUUACUGGAAGAUUAUUGGAAAGUUUUACAUUUGUCUGUAUUUUAUAGCUAUAUAAGUAUCCACGCAAGGGGACCUAAAGCCACUUCAAGUUUUGGUCGGUUAGUUUAGUUCCUACUUCUCCCCCAACUGUUUACCAUGCUUGUCCAGGUUUCUUUGUAUCCAGCAAGCAAGGGACAUCCGGGAGACUAAAAACCACGAGAGGAAGACUGGUGCCAGAGUCUUAACUUGAGAAAGGGGGUGCAUAUUUUAAAGGGGCU